UCUGUUGCUUGCACACCUUUUUGGUUAUCUCGCCAUCAACCGAUCAUCUUCCACUCCUUCUUCAAUGGCCACUCUAUUGGCCUCAUAUAGUUCUUCUUCUUCUUUGUAUUCUCCUUCUCGGAACCCUAUAUGGACAUACGAUGUCUUCCUCAAUUUCAGAGGUCAGGACACUCGCAAGAAUUUUGUAGACCAUUUACAUACUGCUUUGGAUCAGAAAGGUAUUUUCGCAUUUAGGGAUGUAGAAUCUAACUGGGGACAAAGCAUCCCGAUAAAAAUCUUGGAAGCAAUUGAAGAAUCAAGAUGUGCAGUUGUCAUUUUUUCAAGAAAUUACGCCGAUUCGACAUGGUGCUUAGACGAGCUUAGCAAGAUUGUAGAAUGUAAGAAAGGGAGGAGUGGACUUAUGGUACUCCCAGUCUUUUAUGAUGUGGAUCCAUCGGACGUACGCAGACAACAAGGGAGUUUCAAGCGGGCUUUCGAUAGGCACGAAGAUCGCUUUGGAGACCCAGAGAGGGUGCAAAGGUGGAGAGCUGCACUUACAGAAGUAGCUAAUCUCUCCGGAUGGAAUUUGCGAGAUGGAUGUGAACCUGAAGUUAUUCAACAUAUUGUAGAAAGGAUUGCCAAACUUAAUCAAACAACCACUAAUGUAUCCAAGGCUUUAGUUGGAAUGGAUUCUCGUUUGGAAAAAGUGCUUUCAUACUUGGACUUUGGAUUGCGUAAAGAUGUUCGUAGCAUAGGGAUAUGGGGGAUGGCAGGAAUAGGCAAGACAACUCUUGCACAAGUGGUGUUUGAUACUAUACGUGAUAGGUUUGAAGCUUGCAGCUUUCUUAACAAUGUUCGAGAGGUAACUGAAAAGCAAGGUCUAGUUCGUUUACAAGAAAAACUUCUUUUGGACUUGCUGCAAAGUAAUGUAAAUAUACGGAAUACUGAUAUGGGAAAAAACGUAAUAAGGCUUAGACUACGUGCUAAAAUGGUUCUUAUCAUUCUUGAUGACGUGGAUCAGUUAGAAGAAUUGGAAGCAUUGUGUGAUCAUAGUUGGUUUGGUUUGGGGAGUAGAAUCAUCAUAACAUCACGAGAUAAGCAUGUGCUAAGAACAUUUGGAGUGGACAAAAUACAUGACGUUGAGGUAUUAACUGAUGAUGAAGCUCUUAAGCUCUUUAGCUGGAAAGCAUUCAAGAAUUACCAGGUUAAAGAAGAGUAUCUCGAACUAUCCAAGAAUGUUCUAAAAUAUGCCAAUGGCCUUCCAUUAGCUCUUGAGAUUUUGGGUUCGUUCCUUUGUAUGAAAAGUGUACAUGAAUGGACAACUGUAUUGGAUAAGCUGAUUAAAGAAGGAGAUCCUGACAGAAGAAUUGUUGCUGUGAUUAAAAUCAGUUUUGAUGGGUUAAUAGAAUCAGAAAAGAAAAUAUUUUUGGACAUUGCAUGCUUCUUUAAAGGAGAAGACAUAGAUCGUGUGACAAGAAUACUGGAAAGUUGUGGUUACUAUCCAGACAUUGGUAUACAAGUUCUGAUUGAAAAAGCUCUAGUAACUGUCUCGAAAGGAAAAUUGUGGAUGCAUGAUUUGGUACAAGAAUUGGGUUGGGAUAUUGUUCGUCGAGAAUGCCGUGAGGAGCCUGGCAGACGUAGCCGGUUGUGGCUUUCAGAGGAUAUCAUUCCUGUACUUGUAAAUAAUGAGGUAACAGAUGCAGUUGAAGGCAUAGCCUUAGACUCGCCUAAAUUAGAAGAGGCAUGGUGCGACUCAGAGGCCUUCUCGAAAAUGCAUAAUCUUCGGUUUCUGCAAAUUCGUAAUGUGCGUAUGACUGAAGGCCCCAAAUUUCUUUCUAAUGCCUUGGUAUUUCUCGAAUGGAGUGAGUACCCUACAAAGUUUCUCCCUCAAAGUUUUCAACCUAUGAAGCUUUGUGAACUUAACUUGUGCUAUAGCAGCAUUGAACAACUUUGGAACGGAGAAACGUGCUUGGAGAAGCUGAGAUUUAUCAAUGUUAGCUGGUCCCAGAACCUGACCAGGACCCCAGAUUUUACAGGUACUCCAAAUCUUCAGAGUAUAAUUCUUGAAGGUUGUACAAAUUUAGUGGUGAUCCAUCCCUCUAUUGCUGGGCUGAAAAGGCUUAAAGUCUUGAACCUUAAAGGUUGCAGAAGUCUUAAAAGUCUUCCAAAUAAGAUUGAAAUGGAAUGCCUUGAAAUUCUUAUUCUUUCUAGCUGCUUAAGCAUUAAGAAAAUUCCAGAAUUUGUGGAGCCUAUGGAACACUUGUUGGAACUUUCUUUAGAGGAGACUGCUAUAGAAAAAUUACCUUCAUCAAUUGAACAUCUCAUUGGCCUUACUUUAUUAAAUCUAAGAAAUUGCAAAUAUCUUGAGCGUCUCCCACGCAACAUUUGCAAUUUGAAGUCCCUCAAAAGUCUCAACAUUUGUGGCUGCUUAAAACUUAAAGAACUGCCAGAAAGCUUGGGACAGCUUGAUUGUUUGGAGGAACUUGAUGUGAGCGGUACCUCCAUAAGCACACUACCAUCCUCCACUUUUCUUAUGGAAAAUCUUAAAAUGUUAUCUCUGCAUGGAUGUAAAGGGCUGCCACUUGAGUCAGAAAAUAUUCCCCUUAACGAUCUAUCGAUGUCCAGAAACCGGACAUGUUUAGUGGGUUUGCAGUUUCCAAUUUCUACUUCUGGUUUGUCUUCUUUAACAGAACUGAACCUCAGUGACUGUAAUCUUCAGGAGGGAACCAUAACGGAAAAUCUUGGCUGCUUAUUCUCGUUGGUAUCUCUAAAUCUAAGUAAAAACAAUUUUCUUAGUCUUCCCAAAAGCAUUAGCCAUCUUUCUAAGCUUCACAACUUGAAUUUGGAAAGUUGUAAGCUUCUUCAGCAAAUGCCGGACCUUUCACCAAAAGUGGACUUGGGUGUUGGCUCAGAAGGGAGUAAUUCACUAGAAAGGCUGUCAUCAUGUUUCAAUUAUAUUAAUUGCUUCGAAUUGGUUAAAAAUCAAGGCUGCAACAAUAUAGCAAUUGCACUGUUAAGGAGAUUCAUUCAGGUGCUCUCUCUCUCUCUCUCUCUAGAUCUCUUUCUCAGACACACAAAUGAGCAAUUGUUUACUUCACAGUUUUCUUUGCUGCAGGGAACCCCUUAUCCAGUAAACAGAUUUGAAACUAUAAUUCCUGGCAGUGAAAUUUCUGAGUGGUUCAUUGAUCGAAGUGCGAGGUCUGUAGUAAGCAUGGACCUACGUGAGGAUUGGUGUAAGAAAAACUGGCAAGGAUAUGUUUUGUGUGCUGUUUUUGGUCUUGGUCGACGUCUACCUGCGGGUAACUUGCUUGGUAAAUGGAAGUACGAGCAAGAAACCUGUAGCACUGCACAUGGCCUUCGUUGUGAAGUGAACCCCAACAAUUUGGGUUUAAGUGGAUGGUGUCCUUUCUUUGGCUGCAGCCAGGAAUUAGGCCGAAUUGAGUCGGAUCACAUUUGGCUAUCCUUUGUAGGCUGCGAACAUUUCGGAACUGCAUGGCAAGACAGCUGUCGUCGGCUUGAGUUUUUGUUUAAAACCUUAGGCCCUAGCUUGGAGGUGAAGAAAUGUGGAGUCCGUUUGAUAUAUGAGCAAGAAAUGGGUUUAUCCUCUAAACCCUGAACCCCUGUAUUAUCCUAUAGGCAUCCUCCCCUCCUACCAUGAUUACCUGUACAAGGAGCAGUUGUCAACCAAUUUCUCUCCAGAGAAGUGCCAUCAGAUAUGAAAUUAUGAAUGCAUAUACGAAUCAUUUAUUCCUUUACAAGGGAGAUGCAAAAUAUUAAAUUUGAAUUUGAUAGCUUGUGAUAAUUUGACAGGAAUUUGGUGGCUUUAACCUCGGCGCCCAUGCAUAUGGGUAAAACAGCCUGUUUUUGAAAAGCUUGGUUAAAUGAGCUCGAUAAAUAUUCUUAUU